AAAGCGGUGAGCUGCAAAAAUGCACUAGUCAUUGCAAUUGAGUCGUUAUAACUAGCCAUACAAAUGGAUUUCCUGUUGAACGCGAUGUUUUUCUACCUUUUCCUGUCCUUUCACUGCACAAGCGGAUAUGUUUGCGAUCGUCACGAGAUAUUUAGACGGGACUUAAACUUAACCGCUGUGGAUUACGGAUUGGGUGGAGCUCUGAGUGUGGUGUUCGGCCCCUUGGCGAAUUUGGCUGACAAGGCCAAUAUCGAUAUACCCCUUAUAUCAAGGUUCCGUUCCAAAGAAUCGGAAAGCUAAAAAAUGUGUAAAAAAUACAUUCAAGGAAAGGAAGUGCCUAAAAAUAAAUAAAUUGUUGAAGUCUAUACAGCCAUGACAAUUUACUUAGGUGCAAUGACACUUUGGCCUUGCCCUGACAUCUUGAUAAACAAAAUGGCUAGUGCAAAGCCGAGUUCACUGACCGGAAAUGCCUCUGAUUUCCCAGCCAGCGGGAUGGCAUUGCUGUCACCCUACUAAUUUUCACCCACAUGUG